AUGUCUAUUACAAAUGGCACUGUGUUCAUGCCCUCUGUGCUGAUCUUUAUUGGGAUCCCUGGCCUGGAAACUGUACAGUGUUGGAUUGGGAUUCCAUUCUGUGCUAUGUACAUCAUUGCUUUGAUAGGAAAUUCUCUACUUUUGAUCAUCAUCAAAUCUGAACCCAGUCUCCAUGAGCCUGUGUAUAUCUUCCUGGCCAUGUUGGGAGCCACAGACAUUGCACUCAGCACCAGCAUUGUCCGAAAGAUGCUUGGAAUUUUUGGGUUUCACUUGCCUGAGAUCUAUUUUGAUGCUUGCCUCUUUCAGAUGUGGCUUAUCCACACAUUUCGGGGUAUUGAAUCAGGAGUCCUGCUGGUCAUGGCUCUGGACCGCUAUGUAGCGAUCUGUUAUCCUCUGAGGCAUGCUACCAUAUUCACUCGACAACUAGUCACUCAUAUUGGAAUUGGGGUGACAUUGCGGCCUGCCAUUCUGGUAAUUCCAUGUCUAUUGCUCAUUAAGUUCCAUCUGAAACUUUGCCGAACAAGGUUAAUAUCCCAUACUUACUGUGAACACAUGGCCCUUGUGAAGCUUGCCACCGAAGAUGUUUACAUCAAUAAAUUCUAUGGUCUCCUUGGAGCUUUUAUUGUUGGUGGCCUCGACUUCAUUUUGACCACCCUCUCCUAUAUACGAAUAUUUACCACUGUCUUUCACCUGCCCCAGAAAGAGGCACGUCUUAAGGCAUUUAAUACUUGUAUUCCCCACAUAUGUGUCUUCUUCCAAUUCUAUCUCCUUGCUUUUUUCUCCUUUUUUACUCACAGAUCUGGAUCUUAUAUCCCGUCAUAUAUACAUAUCACCUUGUCCAACCUUUACCUACUAGUUCCGCCUUUUCUCAACCCUUUUGUCUAUGGGAUGAAGACCAAGCACAUCCGAGAUAAGAUAGUAAAAAUGUUCUGUUCCAAAGACCAAGGUUGA